UCAUCAUAGGCUUUAAAACUCUCGUCCCCAGCCCCCACGAUGUCCUGGGACAGAGCCUUACAGCUCGGCCUCCUAUUGGUCAGCUGUGUUGCCGUCAUGGCGGGAAAUUUAAAGACGCCAGGCGUUAGGAGCACCUUUACGCAAUCCGGUCUUGACUAUGGCGCAAAGGUAUUUAGCAGGAUGAUUCAAAGGAACGUGGACAACAUCCGCAUCCCUGCAUCAAGUGGACAAAUAGCGUCACCUAUCGGAACAGUGGAGUACUACACCAAAAACAUGGAGCUCACAGAUUUUGACAUGGGGCACUCCCGACUGGGCGUGGUUCCGGAGGUAGGGGUGAGGAUGAGCAUCUCCGUGGACUCUGCGGGAGUGAAGGGGGACUGGGGGUACCAGCUCAAGAGCCUUUUCCCUAUGACUGACAGUGGGUCGUUUGACGUCACCGUGGAAGCAGCUUACAUCGAUGUCGUCAUCAACAUCAUGAGACAUAAAAGCGGCCGGCCCACCGCGUCCCUGUCGUCCUGUGACGCUGACAUCGGCAACAUGGACCUCAUCUUCCACGGAGGGGCGAGCUGGCUGUAUAACUUAUUCUCACCGAUCAUCGUGCAGCAACUGAAGACGGAACUGGACGAGAUGUUGUGUGACGCCGUGAACAAGUCUGUGCAUCAGAAAAUGGACGGUGGAAUGGCGAGCACCCCAGUUAUUGUCCCGAUGGUUGGAGAUAUUUUUCUGGAUAUGAGGCUUGUGAAUGACGUAGUGUUCGGUAUUGGUUAUCUCCAGACUCUAGUGAAGGGUACUGCUCGGCAGAACGGGACCAAUCCUGACGCAGCUCUCCAACCACGUGACCUCCCCAACACUAACUACACCGGCGCGCCUCGCAUGGUGUACUAUGACGUCACAGAACAUUUCUUUAAAAGCAUCGGACAGGUUUUCUACCAGUCAGGGAUGCUGUCCGCAAUAAUCAAGGCUUCAGAUGUUCCUGUCAACAGUCCGAUUCAGCUCAAACCAUCCGACAAAGUCAUCGGUACAGUCCUGCCGAAGGUAAAGCCUUUUACACACAGCCUUUUUUUAGACUUAUCAAUUCAGGAUAAAUACCCGGAUGCUACCCUGCAGGUGCACCUUAACGCGUCGGCUCCACCCAAGGUGUCAAUCACCGAGAAGGGAGCUGUCUUCUCAUUGGCUGGACGGGCUGUGACGUUUGCGUCUGACCGCGAGGGGAAACUAGAUCGUUUAUUUGGUGUGAAAGUUGCCAUGGAGGUACCGGUCAGUUUCAGUAUGUCAGGGAUAAAUCUCGUCGCCAACGCUUCGGAAAGCUCGGCCAGAGUCGAAAUAAAACCGCUGAAGUCGUCUAAGGUUGGAGAAAUUGGGCCGGACGCACAGAAGCUUAUAGAACUGUACCUGUGUCGACAAGCCGUGAUACCAUGGUUUAACAGGUACCUGCAAGUUGGCGUUCCAUUCAAACUAAACAAAGUGAAGUACAUCAACCCGGAGGUGCUUUUGCAUAAGAACUAUCUAACCAUAGAGACGGACAUCGUCAUCAUGUCAAAAAGCGGUGGUCACGUGACAUCACCGGGCAUGCGCACUGAGAAGAGUUCCAGUCCUUCACCACCACACACAACUCACAAAAAAUUUACCCGGCUACAAACCCACCACACGCCUAGCUGAUUAAAAUACUGAACAUAUCUAAGGCGUCCGAAAAUAAUUUCAGCAGGUUGGUAGAUCAUAGGACAUAGGAACUUUCUUUUACACAACCAGUUAAUUUCACCUGCUGACGUGUCGUUGUCUGCCAGACAUAUGACUCAGAGCUUCUAACUGGAAUCCUGCUUCUCGC